AUGUACGAAAAAUGGAACUCCAACCCGGUUACAAUAGCCUACGAUUCUCAGAUGCCCAUUUCGACGAUUCCGCUUCCAGCCGUCACGGUUUGUCCGUUGAUUAAAUCUCGCGUAGAGGUGUUCAAUUUAACGUGGGCUAUGGAAAUGUUUGUGCAAAAUCUGACGAUGGAUACUAACAGUAAGAGGAAACUUCGUGCUUUAGCACAUGUUUGUCCAUUUGUGGAGUACUGGAAAACGUUUAGUUAUUCCAAAAAGGAGACAGUUGUACCAGAUUUACGUAAAAUGAGCCACACUCUACAAGAUGUAAUAGUGUAUUGUAAGUGGAGGUUUUCGGUUGUUCCAUGUAAAGACAUGAUGGUGGAGCAACUAUUGGAUGACGGUAUCUGCUAUACUUUUAACUCACUGUCAUCAGGGGAGAUCUAUCGAGCAGAUAAAAUUUCGUUAGAUUUUUUAAAUAUGUCCAAUACAACUCCGUCUUCAGAUUGGACUCGUGAGGAAGGCUAUCCAUCUGAUACGGGAUUCAAUGGUUAUCCGUUUCGUCCUCUAUCUAAUGGAUUAUAUUCUGCUUUUAUUUUCAUGGCCACGACGAGGGACAUCGAUAGAGAUCCCAUGUGUAUGACUGCUUACACCGGGUAUAAAAUUGCCGUUCAUUCUCCGGACGAAGUUGCUCGUAUGAAGGAUAGUUUCUUUCGCAUAGAAUCACUAAGUGUUGUCACAUUGACAAUCACUCCAACAGUGUACAAGGCAUCGCCCAUCCUUAGAAAAUACUCACCAGAGAAAAGAAAUUGCUACUUUUCCAACGAGCGCCAUUUGAAGUUCUUCAGAAUCUACAAUAAAGUUAACUGUGAGACCGAAUGUAAUGCAAACUACACACUCGCGUUGUGUGGCUGUGUGAAGUUUUCAAUGCCACGAUCGCCCGGCACGAAGAUAUGUGACGCAAGUAAAAUUGCUUGCUAUAGUCAGACUACCAUAUAUCGUCCUGGCGUGGAACCCACCAACUUCAACCAUAAGAAAAUCCUUAACUGCAACUGUUUGCCGUCCUGUAACUCCAUCAAGUAUCAGGUUGAAAUGUCCCGGGCGCCAUUAAGUUCCAAAAGAUAUCCUUGGAAAUUGGAUUUCCUUGAGGAUGAGUAA